CGCAUCAUGAUUGAGGUUUUGAUGAUGAUCACCAUCAUAGUCUUAGCGAUUUCGAAGUCCAAAGUUGGGUGCAGUAAUCUCAAAAGAACACCAGUUCCACGAUUUCCACGAAAGAUCACUACAUUUCGCUCUGAUCCAAGAUACAUUCAAGAAGGGAUGUUUUUCAACGAGUCUGAUACGCUUCAUACGCUGCACAACUGGAUAGGACUAAGUUCUGCGAGUCGCGGGUACAUAGUGAUCAAUGAGGCAGGUCCUUUUGAUCUUCCAGAGCCUUACGAAGUAGCCCUUGAUCGCCAGAAUAAUGGGCCGGGAUACAUGAUGUCAGUGUUCCAUCAACUUCACUGUUUAUCAUACCUCGCGGAGCAUUUCCAACAAGGCUACGGAGGAAUUUCUCUGGAAGAGGAGGUGGCGCAUCAUUCGGCUCAUUGUUUCAAUUAUCUCCGACAAGGAAUUGUUUGCUCUGCAGACACGACAUUGGAAGGCAAGACGAAAGAUGGACCUGGCGAAGGGUCUGAGCAUGAGUGUGUCGAUUAUGAUGCAUUAUUAAAAUGGGCAAACACGCAUUCGGCGUAUAGAUGGCGAGAGGGCCUUUUGCCUGGAGAGUCGAUUCUAUGA